AUUGAACUCUCGGCGCCCUCUUUUUUCUUCCCUGGGCGUAAAUCUCCUCGCUGCCGCUUUCUUUGAUGAAAACUGAGGAAAGAGCGCCUUCGCUUCCCUUUCUUUUCAUGAGUUCGCCUCAGAAAUGCUAGGGAUUAUUUUAGUGUGUGCCGGCGGCGGCGGAGAGGAAACCUCUUCACUUCGGCGGAGGGAUUCCUACCGGAGACUUGUCCGAGGCCGAUUUGUAAGGAAGAAGUUCUGGCGCGCAGUUCGUUUGUCGCGCGAGUGAAAGGAAGCGGCGGGGGCUGCUGCGCUUUUACGGGAGUGGCCCGAGAGAACCGGCGAUGGGCUCCCGGCAGAGGCAGGAGUCGCUCCUUCGGUUCCACAGCCUCCUCCUGCGGUGAGUGUUUUCCUCUCCACACCUUUUUCCUUUGACUUCUCUCUCCCCCAUGUGCCCCUCAUGACACGCUGCAAGUGUCUUGAGGGCGGGAGGUGCCUUCGCCACUUACCUUCACGACAACCCUGCAAGGUAGGGCUGCUGCAGAGUAAUAGUUUCCAGCACAAGGAACGCGUGGUGAUCUUGUUGUUGUUUAGUCGUGUCCGACUCUUCGUGACCCCAUGGACCAGAGCACGCCAGGCACUCCUGUCUUCCACUGCCUCCCGCAGUUUGGUCAAACUCAUGCUGGUAGCUUCGAGAACACUGUCCAACCAUCUCGUCCUCUGCCGCCCCCUUCUCCUUGUGCCCUUAAUCUUUCCCAACAUCAGGGUCUUUUCCAGGGAGUCUUCUCUUCUCAUCAGGUGGCCAAAGUAUUGGAGCCUCAGCUUCAGGAUCUGUCCUUCCAGUGAGCACUCAGGGCUGAUUUCCUUCAGAAUGGAUAGGUUUGAUCUUCUUGCAGUCCGUGGGACUCUCAAGAGUCUCCUCCAGCACCGUAAUUCAAAAGCAUCGAUUCUUCUGCGAUCAGCCUUCUUUAUAGCCCAGCUCUCACUUCCAUACAUCACUACUGGGAAAACCAUAGCUUUAACUAUAUGUACCUUUGUUGGCAAGCUGAUGUCUCUGCUUUUUAAGAUGCUGUCUAGGUUUGUCAUUGCUUUUCUCCCAAGAAGCAGGCGUCUUUUAAUUUCGUGGCUGCUGUCACCAUCUGCAGUGAUCAUGGAGCCCAAGAAAGUAAAAUCUCACUGCCUCCAUUUCUUCCCCUUCUAUUUGCUAGGAGGUGAUGGGACCAGAGCCAUGAUCUUCGUUUUUUUGAUGCUGAGCUUCAGACCAUAUUUUGUGCUCUCCUCUUUCACUCUCAUUAAAAGGUUCUUUAAUUCCUCCUCACUUUCUGCCAUCAAGGUUGUGUCAUCUGCAUAUCUGAGGUUGUUGAUAUUUCUUCUGGGAUUCAUCCAGCCCAGCCUUUCGCAUGAUGAAUUCUGCAUAUAAGUUAUUAUGGGGACACUUUGUCCAGUUGUUGUAAUUCGCUUUUGCACCAUUCGCAAGGAGACAACUAUGAAGUCUACUGGCCAACCACAGCCUCUCGCAGGAGCGAGGAGGAAAUGAGGAGAAAGAGACCUAUGUAAUGGGCUUCACCUUGAAAAAAAUUAAAGAAUUGUCCAGUAGCACUUUAGAGACCAACUAAGUUUGUUCUGGGUAUAAGCUUUCUUGUGCAUUCACACUUCUUCAGAUAUACUGAAGCCAGACCCUUAUAUAUAAUGGGAGGGUGGGGUGGGGUUUUUCAAAAAAGGGUAGUAGGAGAGGGGUGGGUGACUCAAUGGGUAUGGUAAACCCGUUGACGACUACUGAAUUUAGUACUACAGGAAAAAGCAAGGGAUAGUAUGCAGAUGACAAAAAAAUUAGCUUUAGGAUAUGUAAUGAGACAAGAAUCCAGUACGUAUCUCUCCUUGGAGGAAAGGUGGGGGUGCAAUAAAUAAUUGAAUGUUCUUAUGUCAUUCUGUGGUGCAUUUCUUUGUGUGUGUGUAUAUUUAUUAAGUUUUCUGUUUUACAAUUUAAAAUAUUCAUUAAAUAACCUUAAAAUGUCAAUGACUUCCAUUCUUCUCUUUCUGUAGUUCAAUUUGCAUAUCAUAAAUCCCUGUAUAUUUUACAUAAACUAAACCAUUCAGUAUUCCAUUAAUACAUGCAUCAAAACAGUUUAUCUUAAUGCUGCCAGUGUUUUCAAGUGUGCAGAGUUUCCCCCCAUAUAUUCAAUAAACAUUUUCCAAUCUUCUUUAAACGGAUGUUCUUCUUGUUCUCAUUCUAUAUGUUAGGUCCGCAAGCUGCACAUAUUCCAUCAGUUUAAGUUGCCAUUCUUCUUUAGUUGAGACCUCGCUCAUUUUCCGUUUUGGGGCUACUGUGGUGCAUUUCUUAAUGUCGAGUGGUGCAGAAACUUUGGGUUUUAAAAAUAAUGAAAAAUAAUGCCCUGGUAAUGCAUUACUUUUUAAAAAUUUGCCUCUUGCAGUUAUGGUUGCAAGUUAAAUAAGGAACAGGUGAAUCUGCUCCAGAGUGCUGGUUUUGGGCCAAGCAAUGAGUGAGAAUUGGAACCUGGAGCUCUCUGGCUAAAGUCUAGCACUAGGACAAGGGUGGAAGAAGGGCAGGCAUGGGCAGGUGUCAAGGCUUUGUCAUCGUAAUCGCGCACCAAGGAUGAUACAGUACACUGCUUAAUAUAAAUAUAAAUGUAUCUAUUGUAUAUUGCUACCAGGUCUGCAACUUAUCAAAUAAGCUUACAACAUUUAAUUUUGUUGCAAGUUCCUUCUGUGGAAUGGGCCUUCUGCGAUACCUGUGACAGUUCCUUGGAACCUGCAGGUGGUUCCCUAGAAAUUAACGUCUGGCUCUUUCUACCUCCUGCUUGCCCCUAAUUAACCAAGAUACAAGGCACGGGUUGGGGUCAGGCCCACAAAGGGAUAAGGCUGUGCAAAACAAGCUUGAUUCUUAGUCAGUGGGAGCCCACACAAUGCUGCCAUGAGAACAUAGAAGAGCCAGCUGGAUCAGGCCAAUGACCCAUCUAGUCCAACAUCCUGGUUUCACAGUGGCCACCCAGAUGCCUAUGGGGAACCCGCAAGCUGAAUAUGAGCUCAACAGCAAUUCUCAGCAACUGGCAUUCAGAGGUGUUCUGUGGAGGUUCUACUGUGAAGAACCUUCAAUGGAGGUAAAAUGUAGCCAUUGUGGCUAGUAGCCAUUGGUAGCCUUGUACUCCACAAUUUAUUCUAAUCCUGUUUUAAUGCCAUCUAGAUUGCUGGCCAUCACUGCCUCCUGUGGGAGUGAGUUCCAUAGUUUAACUGUGCCAAAUGCUUCCUUUUAUUUUCUCCUGCUGUGGAUGGGUGCCAUUCUGGCUUAAGGGAAACUGCAAAAUGCUGCACUCGCUUGGAGAUACUGUUGGCAAGGAGUCUUGUCCUGAACUUUUAGUAACAGCUUGACAGGCAAAAAUUAAAUGGAUGUGAGCAUUUUUCUACUGCUGCUUAAUUAAUGUUUAAUGAUUGGAGGUGGGAGUGGAAUAGCAACCUUAAGACAGAUGGUGAUUUUAGCAGUAUUUGUACAGUUUACUGACAGUGUUACCAGAAGAUUAUUAGGGUUGGCCUGCAAAAUAUUUCUGUUGAAGUCUGUUCAUUAAUUCAGAAAACCAAAUACUAUAAAUUACUUAUGUUACAGAGUAUAUGAGGAAGGAAAAAAGAAUAUCAACCAAGGACCACUUACCUUUGAGGUAAGAAUGUAUAAUUUCUCCCAAAAACACCCAUUGUGUUUUACAACAGUAGAUGAAAAUGUAUAGUUCUGCACUUGUGGGGGUCCUAAUUUAGAGCUACAUUCAGAAAAGGAGGAGGAGGAGAAAUCUAUGGAUUAAUCUGAUUGACAAACUUUAAAAUUGUAGUAUUUCUGAAUCUGAGAAAUUCAUCUGAUUGAUUUGAAAUGGCAAAUCAACUCAUGCUAUAAGAACAGCUAUUGAGUAAAUUUCAUUCUGUGCCUUGGAAGUUGAGAUGUUGUAAUGAACUCUUAACAGUUUUUUGUAAGGAAAAUAUAGAUCUCUCAUUUUUGCCAUAUCGUAGACCAUUAUCUCAAGAUUUUUGAUGUAGCUUUGGUGCUUUUGCCUUAAAGAGAUGCUUCCUUGACAUUGAUCAGCCUAAUUUUAAAGUAUGUGUACGCUGCUGUGUAGAUUAAGGCUGCAAUGUAGUUCAGUAGGAGAUAACCUUCAUCAAAUGUGAAAAGUCCAACUCUGGAUCACCACAGAAGAAAACUCAUUCUUAGUGUCACUUCAUAUAGAUUUGCUUCAUGUAUUGAUGCUCUAAGUUAAUUAUAGCAGAUAAUGUUCUAUUCCUCAAGUGUCAUUUAAAUGCUUCCCAAAGCUGUGCUGCAGAAAUUAAACUGUUUGUUCUUCCAGGCUGAUGUGCAAGUCUAUUUGAUUCAGGAAGGAUGUAUAAAUCCCUUGGAGAGCUUCUGGGACAGGAAUGAUACAAUGUUCAUUAUGGAGAAAGUAGUAUGUUUAGUGUCUUUAUUUUAAAAAAAAACAUUGAGCUUGUUUUUGUCUGAGUGGUAAUCAUUCUAACACAAUUGCUUAUUCUUAUAGAGACCUUGUGAAGAAAGGCAAGAGCUGGAAGAGCAGCAGAUAGGUGACCCUUCUAUUUCUAGGACUUUCCCGAAAGAGAAUUCUUCAGCACUUGCUUUACCCCUUCCAAGAGCAAGGUGUGUGAAUCCUAAUUUUUAUAUUUUUAUUGAAAAGAAUGCACUUUCUUAACAACUAACAGAAGACUAAUUGUUUAUUAUGCAGGUCAACUACUGUAAUUGAAUGUGUAAACUUCUGAGAAAUGCUGGAAACAAAUGUUUCAUGAUGGCCUUAGUAGGCAACCACCUGUAACUCCUCUAAGAGGAGCCUAUGUUAAAUUUGCAUGAAGAUAAUAGCUUUUAUUACACGUGAGACAUAAAUUAGCUUUCUUUGAUUUGGGAUAGCUUGCUAUUGCAUGCUGAAUUGUAAGAUCAAAUGAUCCAGCCCAGAAGCUAGUGGCUUGGUUUGGAUUGUCAUAUCUCAACUUCUUAAGUUGAGAUGUGUACUAGACUUCCCCUGUCAACCCCAUCCUUAUGCUCCCCUUUCUCAAUGCAAUGUGAUAAGCCAGGAAGUCUUCAGUUAAUCAUCAUUUCCAAUGAUGUCUGAACAAGGUAACUAUAAUUACAUUUCAUGGUUUGAAGUUGGUUUAAGAUGCUUGCUCAUUCUGAAUCUGGUAGUCAUACCAGUAACUAUAGCUUCCCAGUUUGGACAUUGCAGGAAACUGCAGUUAAUUUAAGAUGUGCCACAGCAUGCCAGCAAAAAGGAAGAAGGGUUGAGCCAGGAACAGAGCAGAUGUUCCUUCCUAUCAAGUCAGGCACCUGCAGUUUUGAUGUUUCAUCACCUGCUGAAAACAGUUCUGCUUCGCUAAGCAUUUUGAGAGAAUUAAUUUGAGUCAGUGUUUAUCAUUUAUUCUGUACUCUGUGGUGUUUUAAUGCUUUUAUUGUUGUGUUUUCUUAGAAUAGCACGUGCAUUUCUUGGUUUAUUAAGUGAAGAGGUUAUCUUCUAAAUCAGGCUACUGUGGCAUAGAAAGGAAUUAAGCAUUAUCCCCCUCAUAAUACACUUCUGACAGUUAUUGAACAUUUCUGAUGUCUUUAAGUUUGUUUCCAGGCAGUUGAUUUCAUUCUACACAAUGUCUCAAAAUCCAAAUAUGGCCCACCCCAACAUAAACGAGUCAGCACCACUUCCUCCUCUGUGGGUGCGAUGUGAUCACUCCGACCCCAAACAAACUGUCUGGCUAGGAGCUGAACCUUUCUGCACUGGAAACAAGAUUACGGGAAUCCAUCUAUACACAGUUACCUGCAAUGGUAAGAUUUUCCCUUGGAUACCUUACUUGUCAACAACCUCUUCGUUGAAUCUGAGUGAGAGGAAGUAGAGAUGUUAAGACUAUUAAUGUAACUCCCCUUUUUUUUUAGUCUUUAAAAUACAGUGUCUGCAUUUCUGGUCCAUAAUCAAAGUGUUAGUUCAUCACCUCUACUCCUGAAGAUGUUUUUCAGAAAGUGGUUGUUGGCUAUAUUGGUUAAUACAGCAUGUAGUACAGUAAACAAGUUGGGUUUUUCUUAAUUCAGAUGGUGUUACCUGGAAAUGUACCUAUUUAAUCUUGAUGGUCUGGUGGGUGUACUUUACUUGCUGUUUUAAAGAGAUGUAGACAAGUGGGUGUGUAUUACUGGUUCCCAGUAAUAAUUUUUGUCUCGGAGAAACCCAUAAUCUAGAUUCUUUUCAUAGCUUAUCAGUGUUGGGAGAGGCAGUAGGAUACUGAUAUGAGGGGAAUCUUCUGAUGCAAGCAGAUCCCAAGAGGAAACUGACAUGUUGUUCUUCAAAAGUUAGAAGACUUCUACUAAAUUCAGUUUAUUUUUAAUCCAGGUCCAAUAUCAAAUAAAAAUUAUUCAGCAGACUUGCAAGAACUAAAAGAUACUCACAGAAUGAGGAAUCACUCUUCUGACGUAGGUUUCUCUAGUUUAUUAUUAUUAUUAUUAUUCACACCUAUACAAAUAUUGGAACUACUUUAAUUUUCACAUGCACACAACUGGCGAAACCUCAAGUCACUUACUGCCUAGACCCCUAAAAUACUGAUAUUUAGGCUUAGGACAUGGCCUCUGUAAGGCUAGAGCCUAAACAAUCUGGGUCUAGCUCUUGUUUGGGAUUUAAGCCUUAAUGGGAUUUUUAUGGUAACCACUUUUUAAUUGGGUGUUUUUCUUGUUCUAAACUAUGGGUGACAUCCAAUGUUAGACAAGCAGACUUCCCCUUCCUUACCUGCCCCCCCCCAAGUCCCUUCUGCCUCAGAAAUAUGCUCUGGGAGGUCACCUUUGCAACAGCAUUCUGCAACUGUAAACUGUUAAUUCUAGUUAACAGCCUUGGCCCAGUAUACCUGAAGCAGCGUCUCCACCCCAUCGUUCAGCCUGGACACAGAGGUCCAGGGCCGAGGGCCUUCUGGCGGCUCCCUCACUGCGAGAAGUGAGGUUACAGGGAACCAGGCAGAGGGCCUGCUUGCUAGUGGCACCCGCCCUGUGGAACGCCCUCCCAUCAGAUGUCAAGGAAAUAAAUAACUAUCUGACUUUUAGAAGACAUCUGAAGGCAGCCCUGUUUAGGAAAGUUUUUAAUGUCUGAUGUUUUAUUCUGUUUUUAGUGUUCUGUUGAGAGCUGUCCAGAAUGGCCGGGGAAACUCAGCCAGAUGGGCAGGGUAUAAAUAUUUUAUUAUUAUUAUUAUAGUUGACAAUAAAGGGUUUUGCCCGUUACAAGUUCCUUGAAACCACUUCAUUAGACUCCCUCUCACUGGAGGACACCCUUAUUCCGUUGGAGAGAAAUAUAUUCGCUGAUUUUUCUUGGAACUCUGUAAAGAAGAUGGUGGAGGCCCCUCCCCUGACUUCAGCUGCCACAUUGGUAAGGAAAUCACCUCUCUUAAAAAAUUAUAGUAGCAGAGUAAAACUGUGCUGACUUAACUAUGAAUAGUGUAAAUUGACAAGCUAAUGUUAGGUAGCUUAACGUGAUAGUGCAUUAAAUGAUUUGUUAGUCUUCCUGGGCUCUAGCAAGGAUCCACAUAAAGAAUUAUGCUUUUUUUGAACUUUCAGAAGAUUCAGAUGGCAUCUGGGAGCCCCUUGAGUUCUGUGUAUGAACUGAAUAGGGAGCUGCAGUUCCUUCUUGUAAGUAUAGGUAUGAAAAUCACAUUUCAGAAGAGAACUAUUGAUCAUAUAGUAGCAAGGAUGGUUGUGUGGUUUUAAACAGCACCCUUAAAUCAAAUAAAUAUUUGUAAGAAUACGCGGGUGGCGCUGUGGGUUAAACCACAGAUGCUAGGGCUUGCCAAUCAGACGGUCGGCAGUUCAAAUCCCCGCGACGGGGUGAGCUCCCAUUGCUGAGUCCCAGCUCCUGCCAACCUAGCAGUUUGAAAGCACAAAGUGCAAGUAGAUAAAUAGGUACCGCUCCGGCGGGAAGGUAAACGGCAUUUCUGUGCGCUGCUCUGGUUUGCCAGAGUCAUGCUGGCCACAUGACCUCGGCCAAUAAAGUGACAUGAGCGUCGCAACCCCCGAGUCGUCUGUGAUUGGACCUAAUGGUCAGGGGUCCCCUUACCUUUACCAAGAAUACUCCAAUUUAAAAUUUUAAAAAAAUGUUUUGCAGUAAAGAUCAUGGUAGUUCCAGUGGUAUUUCUUUUCUUUUUAAGAAAUGGAACAAAGUAUGAAGUCCCAAGUACAGUCCUAAGCACACUUACCAAGGAGUAAGGUCAAUGAUCUCAGUGGGUCUUGUCUGGGUAAACAUAAUUGAUUCUUAGUUGAACCAAAAUCCUACCCUGAGUACAGUUUCUUGGCAGAAUUUAGACAUGGUUUUUCUAGGGGUAGAUCCUCUAUACAUUUAAAACAGUGGUUCCCCCAAAAAUUGGGGCCAUCAAUUUGGUUCCAUAAACUUAACCCCUGUGUAUCCUACCAUAACCAAUACAAAGCUCUUGAAUAGUGAUCUUUUUGUUUUGUUUACACGGUGCUGUCAAGAGUUUGGCUGAGAGCUUGAAGACUGGCAUGGCUGACUGGCCUAAACUUGUGGGGGGGAAACCAGCUGUUGAACUAGUACAGAAACUUUUGAAAGGUAACUUUGUAGUAUUCUGGAAAUGUUUGCUGUGAAAAGCUGGACAUGACCAUAGCUCAGUUGUAGAGCAUUUGUUUUGCAUACAGAAGGUCCCAUGUUCAAACUAUGACAUUUGCAGGUAGAGCUGGGAAUGCCCUCUACCUGAAAGCCUGGUGAGCCUCUGCCAGUCAGUGUAGACAAUACUGAGCUAGAUAGACCCAAUUGUCAGACUUGUUGUAAGGCAACUUCUUGUGCUUCCAAUAGAAGUAGAGGUAAAUUUGUUGUGCUCAGUAAAUGUCCAUUGCAGCCAAACUUUUUAGCAAAACUAUUUGCAUUACAUCAAUGGCAUUUGCAUUAUGUAUUGAUACUCUGCUUAUGUGUACCUUGCCAAUAGAUCUGUACUGUCAUCCUCUCUCCCACUUUAGAUUUAAAGGACAUGAUGGACGGUUUGAAGAUGCCAAACAGUAGUGAUGCUGAGGUAUUCAGAGCUGUGAAAUUUUUCAUUGCCCAUCAUUGCCAGGGCAGUUUCAAUCUGUAGUUGCUGGAUAUGUGUUGGCUGUUCAUUGUUUGGUAACAUGAUUUUACGCCUCAUAGGUGUGUAUAGGAGGGACUGUGCUAUUCAAACUCUCUUCCAGUGCAACUGCUUUUUGUUACUUUUUAAACUUAAAUACCUUUAUUUUUAUAAAAUACUGAAGCAGUCCCUUGUUAUGGUUGGGUCAUAUCCUGUUGCAAUUCAGAUUGGCACCGGCCACUUCCAUUUAUUUAUUUAAAAGUGUUCACUAAGUGGUGUGCAAUUAUUUCUAAAUGUCAUUUAAAAAUGCAAUCUAAAUAUGAAAAAAGAGCAAUAUAAAAGCAUAUAAAACAGAUACAAUAGGAAUUGGGGAAUUCUAACAAUAAAACAAGAGUCUGAUCUUCUGGGUCAAGAAAAGCCUAGGCAAAAAGAUGUCUCUACAAGACAUCAGAAGCAUAUGAUGGCUGCUGCUCUCGCAUAGGGCAAACAGAAAAAGGCAUGCCACCGAAUGGGCAGUAGCAGAAAUGCUUGUUUUCAGGUCACCACGCUAUGGUAAAAAUAUAAUAGAGCGUGAUGCAAUGAGUAGAAUUUCUCCAGAUGAUCAAAGUUACCUUACAGGUCUAUAUUGGGGCAGUUUCUCAGGUCCUGGGGUGCACUAGUACAGCUCAUUUCAGUGAUGGGGACCUAUUAAACUAGUCUAACACAGAGUCUGAUGGGUUUGGGGUGGCAUGUCUGCUCCUGUUGAUUCGCUUUGUUCAGCCUUCUCCAACCUGGUGCCAUUACCAACCUAACAUUGUGUGAUCCAAAGGAACUCUUCCAUAUUUAACUAUUUGGCCUUUUUAUUUGCUACUGCUGUUGGUUUAAAAAAAGGUGUAGUGUUUUUUGCUUCUUUAUUGUAAAUGCCCGGUGAUAGAUUUAUUUGAAGAGCAAGAUAUAAAUAACUAAAAUAAUAUUAAAUCCAUGCCUUUAUUAUGAAGGAUGAUUUUAAAAAUUAUUUUCCGAAUCUCCAGGAUGACACUGCUGCAGUUUAUGGCACCAUGAAAACACAUUUUAGCAGGAGAAGAGACAUUGAUUUUGUUGAGCAGUUCUGGUGUAAAAUAUGGAAGAGUAAGUAUGCUUCUAGAUGACCCUAGGUAUCUUUUAUUUUAAGAUUUUUAGCCUGUAAGAGAAAUGACUGAAGGUUUAUGCACUGUCCUGCUUAUUUGUUUGUUUUUCAUUUGAGCUACUUUUAAUUAACACUGGUUUUAUUUAAUGCUUUGCUCCCCCCCCAAAAAAGAUGUCACUUCAUAUGAAGAAUUGGUGAAGUGCUUCAUGUUGAUAAUGAAAGCUCUCCAGUGUGGUGAAUUGAAGACCUGGGUAUGUAAUGAUUAAUAAAGCUUACAUCUCGGGUAAACCAAUCCUAUCUAGGGCUGGUCAGACUUCAAGCUUGUGGGAUCUGCUUUUUUCCUGUAAUCCUGCUAUCUGCAAACUGGAACCAUGUGCAAAGUACUGCCUUAGAAAGUGGAGCAGGUAUAUCCUUAGAGUUAAGGAACAGGGCAUACGUUGGUGCCCAGGAAUUCGUUUUCAAUGCCAGAACCUGAGCUUGCUUUCGUUCUGCUGAAAAAUCCAUUCCUCCAGCCCACCACUUUCUUUGUUUCGUUUUGGAAAACAAGAAGGUUUUUCUUUUGCUCACCAAGAAUUUCAUUCCCAAUUGUUAAUCUACUGCAACCCCCCCAAAGAUCUACCAGUAGAUCCCAGUCCACCUUCUGACCACCCCUGCUGUAUAGUUUUUAUGUUACUGGGAAGUAGGCAGGGAGACAAGAUGCACAGCUACUAUGCUAGCUGAGCAGCUGUGGUAUCCUGUGAGUAUUUGGUCUGGAACUGGGAUGGGGAGAAGCACAACCAGAUAACCAAAAAAAUGACGAGCUCCCUCGGCAUUCCUUGGUGCUACAGUCCACCAAUCGGGCUGCUUUGGAAAGGAUGCCUACAUUGCAGCCAUUUUUCAUGCUGGGCUUCCACCAAAUCUUGUAAACCCCCAGCCAGAGGAACUACAAUAUAGGAUUGUUCCCUUAAGUCAGCAGUGGCUAACCUUUUUCAGGCCAAGGACCUCAUUGACCCUUAGCCAACUCUCAAGGGGGCUACCUGCUAAAGUGGGUGGGAAACAAAUACCUUUUUAAUUAAAUGCUGAGUACAUAGAUUAGAAUCCCUCUUUCCCUUGCCUCUUGGCUCAUUGUAUUUUAAUUCCUUCCAUAUUGACCUGAGUCUUUUUUAAAAGCACUUCUUGUCAAUUCUCUCACCUCAGAUUUAAGAGAACGGGGGGGGGGUUGCUUUGUUUUUAAACCAGCUGCUCUGGGAUUACAAAAGUAAAGUCUUAGGACAAAGAAAACUUGAAGGGGAAAAUAAAGAAGGUGGUUUUGGUUUUGGAUUUACCUUGAUGAAUCUCCAAAGGAGCACAGGAAUAUUUUUCUCAAAAUAUUGGACAGAGUUGCAGAGGAGCUUCUCCUUGCUGGGCAGACAAAGCAAAAGAAAUCUCCCCCGCUGCCCCAAACCGGCACCUCUUUACAACACAACUGCAGGUGCGCCUCUUAGGCAGAUCUCAUUUUCUCUCCUCCUUUUAAUUUGAGUUGGUGUUCACUAGAACUUGGACCAAAGUUUGUUUUUUACUGCCAGGACUCAGCUCACAAACAGGCUUACGGAGCUAAUGCUUAGAAACCGUAUAUUAAGUGAUACGUUUUUUCUUUACUUGCUGAGUAACUGUAAGCAGUCUUGUAUAGCCCUUGUAGAAUUCCUAUCAAAGCAGUUUCCAGGUUAUUUUAAGGCAGCUGCAGCUUCUACAAAAGUAAAUGGCUUAUUGGAGCUCUCUCUACACCUUCCUAAUGAAUCAGCCUCAAGGCAAAAGCAAACAGAAGGUGCUAAAAAUCCUUCCAAAGACCAUGAACAAUCUGCUCAUCCUGAGUCUUCAUCUCAGCUUACGGAGUCUUGUGAAAUGACAGUGCUCUCCGCAAAGUCACGCAGGAGGCUUCUGAGACAAAGUUCUAGUUUGACAUAAUUGGCACUGAACGGAGCAUAUCCAGUGAAUUUACUUUGGUGUUUUUUUUUUCUUUUAAGGACUAGGCUCGUGCUGGGGAAUGUGUUGCAUAUUAAGGAGUCUUGAGUCACUGCCUGGUUGCCUGGCAGCAAUUUCUAGGUGCCAGUGGUGACCAGGAAACUUCUUUAUGGCAGGUCUGCUUCCAGUCCCUAAGAGGAAUGCUUUAGUUCAGCCAGUCCUAUUCAGGCUUUGUAAGUGCGGGUAGGGGCAGGCAGAGUUUCAUGGUGAAUAAAUAGACCACCUAUUUUUCUUUCCCACCCCAUGAUACCUUUCCCAGCUGUGCUGAUAAGAUAAUGCAUCCGUAUGGCAUAUCUCUGCCCAAUUCUCUGGAAUAACACUGCCAGCCAAAAUUAUUCAACAGUGGGUGACAGACAAACAGCCUGUUGUGGUAAAAAGCAGCGUCUUAUAUUCUUAGUGGGCUCUGUUUUAAGGCUGGUACCCAUGAAACCAAUCAUCUGAAACCUAAGUAGCCAGCAUGGUGGGAGGGUUCUGGAGAAUGGGAAAGAGAAAAUCUGUGUUUUCCUUUCCUUGCUCCUGAAAUACAGUGCAGAGAAGGUAGGUGGGCUUUUUAACGUCAUGUCAUACACCUGCCCCCACCUUAAUCCCUUUCUGUCAGGUUACUAACUAUCUUAGGGGUUUGCAGAGGCCAGUUUUCUCCCCCACCCCACAAUUUCCUUUUAUUUGGCACCCCUCAAUAUUCCGUACAUGCUGGAAACUUGCAUGUCAUGCUCUCUGUGAAUUUAAUAAUAAUGAUAAAUUAAUUUACAAACUAUUGUUUUUCUUUGUAUCCAGGGCAGGGGUUGCUCUGCAGAUGUUGCUGGGUUACAACAAAUCUGACAAUUUGCUGUGCUGAUUGGGUCUGAUGGGAGUUGUAGUCUACUGACAUUUGGAAGGCACUAUAUAGGCCCAACUAUGAAACCAAUCUUAUUACUUUUGAGUGACCCUGCUUUAUUUCCAAACUAAGAGGUAUUCUACUACCUGACUUUGCUAAUUGAGGGAAUGAGUAUCAGUGAAUGUAUUUGGUUGAAUGAUUAGGGCUGAGCUGACUCGUAUAGCCUUCAGAAAUGGGCUCUCUUAAAACUACUCUUUGUGCUGUAAUUCUUCUGUACUUUAUCUUAUCAGUAGACAGGAUGUAUACAUUUAUUUAUACGGAUUAUGUCUCUGUAGGUUCAUCAAGGAAGUAACAGCUUACUGAGCAAACUGAUUAAGCAAUCUUAUAAUGGAAGAAUAGAAUCAGUUUCUCUUAGUGGAGAUACUCCAAUUCAAAUGCUUCUAGAAAUUGGUGUAGAUAAGAUGAAGAGAGAUUAUGUUAGCUAUUUUGUAGGUAAGUCUGUUUUGCACAGCCAUCAUGAUAUUGGGUGACUGCAUCCAAACAAUCCAUCACUUUUGAAAUCAAUCUCUUUCAAUUAAAAAAUCUAGACGGGCAUGUCAUGAAAAAGGAUUUGAAGUUCUGUUGGGCAAAUUACUUAAUUACAUGUUAGGACUGUUUCCAUGAAUGCUACUUUUGGAUAUAAACCAACAAAAGUGACUUGUCUUACUCAACAAACUAUCAGCUGAGUUUUCCAGAUGGUCCUUGUCCUUACGUUGCUUUUCUACAUUAUCUUCACACAAUAUUUAGAGGAUUUCACUUUUUUAAAGACUAUGUUUUGGGGGGGGGGUUUGCAGAUAAUUUUUUUAGCAGCAGAAAGUGUUCAUAAGCCCCUGUAAGUGGGAAUGGUAGAAUAUAAAUAAAUGAAUGAGGAGAAGGUUUGCAUUUAAAGCAAAAGUACAAAGAUAGAAGAAAGAGAAUUGUUAGAGAUCAGAAGGGGAUACAAUGAUGAGUGCCAUGUAUGUACAAACUAAGUUUUCAAUAUUGGCUUCAGCACAUUUCUUAAAUCACCUCCCAUACAGGGAGCUAUUGACCCAAAUGUUUGGUUUUAUUCCACUAUUAUGUCUUACUGUCUUUGUUUGUUGGAAGCUAUCUGGAGUGGCUGGGGUAACGCAGUGAGAUGGGCGGCAUAUAAAUAAUACAUUAUUAUUAUGAUUAUGAAUAUUACUAAUGAAAUAUGAAUGUGUGCCAAGGUUUAAGUAAAACUUUGCAAAAAAACCUAACGUUUCUUCCCAUAUUCGUUAAUAAUAUACAGUUUAUGCACUAGAAUCUUAUUGAUGGAAUUUAUUAUUUUUCCCAAGUAUUUAGCAACUAAAAUUAUUGGUUGAACCAACAUUUUUACCACUGUACAUCUGUCUUUUUAUAUGUGUUACUAGGCAAUAGUUAUAGUACCAGUUUCCUUCUACAUUUUUACAUACCUUUAAUGACUCUGAUUGCACUUGGUGGUCUAGACUCGUGGUCAUGCUCCUAGAUCCAUUCAUUCAGGGGUUAUUUUGCUGACCUAAUUGAUAUUAUCAAUACAUUGUAUAUAGCACUGCCACUAAAACAGGGGCCUUCUGCUGCCUGUAAAUAUUAGUGGUUGCAAAACUGCCCUCUUUAAAAAAACGUUUUCUGAACCACUCUUCAAUAAAAAAUAAUCCCAGAGUGGGGUACAAUAUAAUAAGCACAAUAAAGCGUAAAUUAUAUUAGCAUAUAGAACUUUAAAACAGCAACAAAACACACAGAUCCAGUAGAAUUCUCCAAUAAGAAGUCAACCAAAGGCUGGGAUACAAAAAAAAAAGUGUUUUUAAUUUGUUAAGAAGUUAAAACUCUGCUGUGGCCAACCUGCAAGGUCUCUUUCUCAUCUGGGUUUCAUCUCAAGUUUUCUCAUUGGUCUUGGGCUCUUUGCAAAGCAAACUUGGAGGGAGGCUUGUGACUUUGUGUUAUAUUCCCAUUUGGUUUUUUUGUAGAAAUGAAAGUUUCCCCUUUAUUUAAAAUUAUGUUAAGUCAAACUAUCUUUGUUUCAGGCAAGGAAUUUGCAGUCCGAACUCACUUGGUAAGAGACUUCCAAUUUUCCUCUCUUCAAAACAGUAGUGAAUGACUGGCCCAGCCUGCACAGUGCUAGUUCUACUCUGAGUAAACCAACUGGAAUUAAUGGACCUAUGUUAGUCAUUCCCAUCCAUUUCAAUGGGUCUACUCUGAGCAGGACUAGCAUUUGAUACAACUCGCUGAUCUUGGCUACUUUGUUUCCCCUUGUGCUUUAUCUUUAUGCGCCCCCUCGCCCAGCUUGUUCGGAGUUUUGGGCUGGGUUGCCAUCAGUAUGCCGAUGACACCCAACUCUAUCUGUUGAUGGAUGGCCAUCCUGACUCGGCCCCAGACACACUGACCAGAUGUUUGGAAGCUGUGGCUGGAUGGUUACGUGGGAGCCGGUUGAAGCUAAAUCCUUCGAAGACAUAGGUCCUGUGGCUGGGACAGGGCGAUAUGGGAUUGGGGGGGCAACUCCCAUCUCUUGCGGGGGCGCAAUUAGUGCCAGCACCGUCCGUUAAGAGUUUGGGUGUAAUCGUCGACACCUCCCUUUCCAUGGAGGCGCAGAUUGCAGCUAUAACAAAGGCGGCAUUUUUCCAUCUCCGCCAAGCUAAGCAGUUGGCUCCUUACCUCUCUCGCCCUGACCUAGCCACUGUGAUCCACGCGACGGUCACCUCCAGACUGGAUUAUUGUAACUCGCUCUACGUGGGGCUGCCCUUGAGACUGACCCAGAAACUCCAGCGGGUGCAGAAUGCUGCAGCGAGACUCCUUACGAGGUCUUCGCUGCGAGAUCACAUUCACCCGGUGCUAUACCAGCUGCACUGGCUCCCGGUGGAGUACAGGAUCAGGUUUAAGGUGCUGGUUUUAACCUUUAAAGCCCUAUACGGCCUAGGACCCUCGUACUUAGGGGACCGCCUCUCCUGGUAUUCCCCACAGAGUAACUUACGGUCUUCAAAUAAAAACAUCUUGAAGGUCCCAGGCCACAGAGAAGUUAGGCUGGCCUCAACUAGAGCCAGGGCUUUUUCGGCUGUGGCUCCAAUCUGGUGGAACACUCUGUCACAAGAGACCAGGGCCCUGCAGGACUUGACAUCUUUCCGCAGGGCCUGCAAGACAGAGCUGUUCCACCAGGCCUUUGGCCAGGGCACAGCCUGACUCCCUCCCUCGGCAAUCUUCGCGGAGCUCUGGCCCAAUGGUUGCCAGUGGCUUGAAUUAAUUAAUUUUAUAAUGAAUGAUUUUAGAAUGUUGUUUAUGCUGUACUUUUGUACUGUUUUAUUGUUGUUAGCCGCCCUGAGCCCGGCUUCGGCUGGGGAGGGCGGGAUAUAAAUAAAAUUUAUUAUUAUUAUUAUUAUUAUUAUUAUUAAGAAGCAGUAAACCAUAAUUCCCGGAUUACCAUUGUUUCCAAACUGGAGAUGGUGGUUUGCUUCAUUUCCAACAGACUAUAGUCAGUGAGCCAAAAACAAAUGUUGGUUACAGUUAAGGGGUUUAAGGGAGUGGGGCAGACCAUGAUCCCUGGUUUGGACAGAACACUGGGCCAAGAAUCAUGGUUUGUUUCCACAUGACAACGGGGGGAGCAAAGCACCUGUUCACAGUAAACCAUUAACUAUGGUUUACUAUGAUGAGCGAACUAGACCUUUUAUGAGUGGAACUGCAGCAAUUCUUUUGGCUUAGUCUUUCUUGAGUAAAGUAGGGGUGAGCGCUGUCUUGCAUGUAUUGAAGUAUUUGCAUUGUAUUCUGUCUUAACCCAGCAACUUAUAUAUAUUUGGUGUCUCUCUUAAAAGCUAUUGAUUUUUGUUCUUUGCCACCUCUUUGUCUUGAAGGACUACUUCAUGUCAACUUCAGUAGAUCUGCAGGAGCAGGUUCAGCGCAUCCAGAAACUCCACCAUAUGUUAGAGAUCGUGGACAAUUGUGUAGAACUUCUUAAACUUGAGCAAGAGAACCUCAUCUUCUUGACACAGUAAUUGUUUACCAGCAAAUCUCAAUAGCAAGGACAAGUGAAUUCUCUGGAAUACUGAUAUGUGGAAAGGGAAAAUGGCCAUCUUAAUUGAGGAUGGAGGCUGCAAUCCCAAUCCCCACUAUGAGUGGGGUAGAAAUAAUAAAUUAUUAUUAUUAUUUAACCCUUUUAUUUUCCUGUGUAUCAUAUUAUAUACUGCUGCUAACUCCUUUCUCCAUUUGUAAGUGGUUUUAAGAGAAGUGCAGCUGUCACAAAAAUGCAACUUGGGGGCAAAUAUAUAAUAAUGAUUGGAUUAUUGAGGUCUUACUCUUGGACACCCAAGUUGCUGUGUGUCAAGUUUUUGGCCAUAGAAUAUAUUUCUAAAGGGGAGGGGAGUACUGUUUAAUUCUUAACAGCUAAGCUCUAAAUCAGUGGCUCCCAAUUUUUUUUCAUGCCACCAACACCAUGGUUACAUAAAUUAAUACCCAGUGCCACCUACUCUAUAAAAACCAUUAUUCAGAAUAGUGGCUUGUACAACCUACUAAGGAAGAUAACAGCACAAUAAAAUUCAAAACAAUAACACUUAAUUGCACAUUUAUUCAAAAUCCAAUAAAACUAUUUAGUUCAGUUAAUUCAACUAUAUUGAUGAUACCAGCUUUUCAAAGUCUGAUGGCCAUUUACACUUCCUCUGGCCCCUGCUGCCCACUUGCCUUUUACCGCCCUCCAGAGGACAGUACCAGCCACUUUGAGAACCACAGCUCUAAAUUAAAGUGUCUCUCUGCUCCUAUUUAAGAAAUCAAAAAUCAGUUGAAGGGAUUUCCUGUUGCUGCUAUUUCCUGUAAAGGCCCCUAAGUUUUUCAGCAUGAAUGUGCUCUUUGCACAACUCCUGUUCACUCUGGCACUUAUGAAAAUAGCUUCCAAAUAGGUUGUGCUUUGCCUGAGUGUAUCUCAUACCUUUUUGCCAGCUGAUCACUGUAAAGAUUAAGGAUGUAGCUGGUUUGGAAUUAAUUUGUAGGGAUCAAUAGUUAACAUUCCCUGGGUAUCUCUUCAGAGCUCUGAUAUUCAAAGAAAUUCUCUUUUCCUAGGUCCUGUAUAAAUUACUACAAGGAAAACCCCCUGAAUGAAAAUAAUGUAUUUCAGCUACCAGUCAGGACAACUUUUGUGAAGGAGUUCUACCAAAAGUAAGCUAGGCCUCAGUAUUUGAACCCUGGAAUUUAAAUGCCUGUAGAGCAUUAACUGCCAGGUUGUCUUAUAAUUGGCUUUCUUCUUGACUGUCCUUCAGUGCAAAUCCUCAAGUGUGGAGAGCGGAAAUCAGCAGUGGGCAAGGAGAGAAAAAAGUGAAAACAAUAUGGCAACUGAGCACCACAGUGCCAGCUGAACACAUGAGCUCAAGCAGUGUAGGUGAGUGGGUCUCUAUGAUCUGAAUUUCAGUGUCUGUAUUUGCUUCUUUGUCUCUCCCCACUCUGCCUCAUUCCACUUCCUGUAGCCUGCCUUGCAAAUGCCUUAUUAUUGGGAAUCUUAUUUUCCAGUACUGGAGCUGAUGGCAGACUGGUGAUUGCCAAUGCAGACGCAUCUUACAUGUGGUUUAAAUGAGUAGACCUGAGGCAUGUGUGAAGACUUGCAUAUCAGCAAGGGAGAGGCUAUUUAUAUGUACGAGAGAUCACUCAUUACAGUUCCUUUUGGCCUCCAAAAAUGAAGGGAAUUUCUGGGGUGUAGCUUACAGGAGUGUCAUUCUCUAGAAAGAGAAGAUGGGUUUCUUCUAUGAAGUGUGUGUGUUGAACUGAGGAAAGGUAAACAACAAGGGCACUGGCUCACAUAACUCCCCAAACUAGUUCGUAGAGAGGCAUUAUAGUUUUUCAGUGAGUUUGGAAACAAGUUCCUUAUUGGUUACAGUCAGGGCCAUGCAGCUGAUGGGUUGAUUAAUUUUGAUGGCUUUGCUCUGAGGUCUUCAGAAAGGGAGAAGUACCAUCUUUCCACUUACAGCUAUGGCUUAUGUAGUGGAGGUCAGAUGCUAAGAUGAAGGUUACCACCAGAAUGUAGAUGUCAGAUCCAGAUUUCAUCUCAAACUGUUCAGAGAUUCUCUGAAAAAACAUUGGACGUUUUGCUCCUGGAAAGAAAAUCCUAGAUAGACCAGGUCUCCACAUUCUACCUAGGGACUAUGUGUUUUUGUCUUAGUUAUUCUAACUAAGAUCCUGUGGAUGGGCUUCUGUCCUCUUUUUCUGUGCAAGAAAGUGUUCCGUGUCAGUGAGUUUCCGGGUUUCUUGAAUUGUAUAGUUCAGCUUAUUCCUUCACUCUGGGAGCUUCCAAACCUGAGAAAGUCCCCCUCCCCAUGGAAAACACAGAAGUCUCCCCUUUUACUUAACCAGGAAAAGCUUCAUGGAUAAGUCCAAUGUUUUGCUCUUAACAUCCCAUGUAGCACCUCAUAAUCCACUUGUUGUGGUUUCUCUACCUGUCACCACUUUUCUUUGGUCUUGCAGGUCUUCUGGAUGAUACUGAAGAUGGUGGCAGUAAAGAAAUGUCUUUUAUUACCUUCACCAAGUGCUCUCAGGUGUACUUUACAUAAAAUAUUGGCAGUAUUUCCUGUUCUUCCCGUAAGAGCCUAGGGCAUCUAACAAUAGUCAAAUAUAAAAUCUACAUAAGACAGUUAUUAAAACCAAUAUAAUAGUAAAAAAUGCAGUUGAGCAGAUAGCAGGAGGAAGAUCUAUUUUGCAUGCAGAAAGUUUUGAGAGAGAUUACUGCCAAUCAGUAUAGAUAAUACUGAGCUGGACGGACCAAUAAUCUGACCCCAGAACCAGGCAGCUUUCUGUGUUCCUGAAAUUUAGUAGUCGCAGGCCUCUUGACACUGAAAUUGUGCUUAUGUCUAGUAACCACCAAUAGAUCCAUUGAAGAUUCAUAGAUAGUACUGAGAUAGUAUGUUCUGACUCUAUAUAAGACAACUUCCUUAUGUUUAGGGAAGCUUUUAAUGCCUGAUGUUUUAAUGUAUUUUUAAUAUUUUAUUGGAAGCCCCCUACCAGAGUGGCUGGGGAAAUCCAGCCAGAUGGGCGGGGUAGAAAUAAUAAAUAAAUGAUGGUGAUGAUGUUCCUGAUAAGUGGACUGUUGGACUCCACUCCAGCUUUGUAGCAAAGUCAAUACGCAAAGCAGAGUUGCAGCCUUAAAGUUUAAGGUUUAUUCUUUGCUCCUGGUAAACAUUUAUGUAGUGUCUACAGUGUGCCAGAAGUUAAUAUACUCAUUUGUCCACAAUACUUGGAAUUUAUGUUAGGUAGAUGGGACUGAACUGAGAGGAAGCGAGGAGGGUUGUGGGCUAGCAAAGGAAACGUGGGGAUGUCUGGGAGAGUGGCAGUGAAAAAUGAGGUAGUGAGGACUGUGUUGAAAAGCAAGACACUUCUAUUGACAGGUAACCUACUUAAAAAAUGCUUGUUUUAGCUAUUGAGUAACCCUGAACCAGUUGGUACCUAAUUCUCUAUAAUUCAAAUAACAUUUUCUUAAUGAAAGCCUCAGCAGAAGGUUGUAUUUUUGCUAAAUUAAUCAGAAAAGACUUUAGACUGGUAGAUCUCAGUGUUUGUUACACUUUUCAAAUUUUACAUCAUUUCAGAAGCAUAUCACAGGGUUGGACUGCAAGUAUUUUCCUGAUGUCUAAGAAAGGUAAAAAAACAACAACCCAACAACUGUCAUCCAAUCAGUCUAAUUGAUGUUAAAAUUCAAGCUAAGUUCUUUCUUUUACAAGCAGGAGUUUUGGGCAGCAGCAAGUGAGGUUUAGUGUGGGAUUUUCAACAUUGAACUCUUCUUAGAUAUUAUUUAUAUAUUCCCAAAGGGCCAUUUUUAUGUAGCCUUUCUUAAUUUUUGAAGGCCACUUUUUACUUCAGAAGCAGACAAACGGUAUGUUAAAUUCCUCUCCUAAUUUAGAUCAGAGAUUGCUGUGUCUAGUUAAGUCCCACAGCAUAGUCUGAAGAUGCAGCCACCUUGCCAAAGGUGAUUGAGUUCCAUAUUGGAAAAAAGAUAGGUUAUGAAUGUAAAAUAAAAAUUUGCUACUUUGUUA